GCUUCGUUCACACAGGCAAACAACAGAAAACGACAAAUAUGUACUUCUCCAACGCGGUCUUGUCUACCAUGGGAGCUCUUGUUACUGCUAGUGUGCUUAGUGCAACUGUGAAUGCUGGCCACCUUUACGAUGGUGGACUCGAACAACACUAUGGAGACUAUAAUCACAAUUACCACCAGGCUGUCGCUGGAGAGUAUGAGUACAAGGUGGAGGUGAAACACCCCAGGAUCAUCUCGUCACAUGGGAACCACAAACACCACUACGCUUUUGUCGAAGAUCAAGGUAUUCAGAUACAAAAGAUCAAAGUCGGUAUUUAUCCCCACCAUGAAGAAUCCUACGGUCAUUACUACUGAAGAUUCUUGCGGAAUAUUAAGAUCAAUAUGGAGUAUAAAUAAAUGUAUCAUAUGAAAUGUAAUUAUAAUUCA